ACUACCAGCCAGGCGGCGCCCUUCCUAUCGCCCCAUCCGCCAUCCCCAUCACAUCGGGCGACAAGGUCUACACGCACACGGGCGCGCACGACUACCCCACCCCGCGCGCCAUGUCUGAAGCAGAAAUCCGCGCGGCGGUGCAGCAGUUCCGAGUGGCGGCCCGGAAUGCCAUGGAAGCAGGGUUCGAUGGCGUGGAGUUGCAUGGAGCUAAUGGGUACCUUAUUGAACAGUUCCUCAAGGUGGGUCGAGGGUUCUGGGGCAGUGCAGUGCGGUGCACACGACUACCCCACCCCGCGCGCCAUGUCUGA